AUGACAACAUUAUUAAAUGUUCAUCGAGUAAAAUAUCAAUGUAGUUGUGGAUCAUUUAAAUCAUUAUGUUAUCUUUAUUUUUGUCGACAUUGUCUUAAAAUUAAAUGUAAAGAUUGUGUUACUCUUGAGGUUGAUUGUCGUUUUUGUCCAAGUUGUUAUGAGCAUCUUCAAUCCCAUGAAGCAAUAGCACGAAAAAAUCGUUGUCAAAAUUGUUUUUCAUGUCCAUCUUGUAAUCAUACAUUAGUAACACGUGCAACAAAUACAUCAUCAACACCAUCAACUAAUUUAAAUAUAACACCUGAUAAUACAAAUGUUGCUAGUGGUGAUGCUGAUGAUAGUAUAAGUAAUAGUACAAAUGCUAGUGGAUUACAAACUCCAUCAAAAAAAGUCUAUUAUUUGGCAUGUAGUGUUUGUCGUUGGUCAACACGUGAUAUACAUCUUGCUGAUCAACCAGCAAUAAAUUCCUGGAAAGCACAAGAUAAUAUUCAUGAAGGACGAGUUAAUGAACUUCUUUUACAUUAUAAACAAAUAGCAACACGUGAAAAACAAGAACGUGAUAGAAAAAAAUAUACAACAGUUAAAUUACGUAAUACAAUAACAACUUCAACAAAUCGUUCAUCAACAGAUAAAUAUGGUAUAUUAACACCAUUAACACGUCGUGGUAUUCGUACAAGUGGAAUGCUUAAAACACCAUCAUUACCUGAAACAGUUAAUACAACAAAUUUAUUACCAAAACCAUCUGAAAUAAUUGAAAAUAUUGAACCACUUGAUGAAAAUUUUUUUCUAAAUAAUACAUUUGAUUUUAAUAAAUUAACAACAAUUACACAACGUUUAAAUUCAGUUGAAUCUCAACCAUUAACAAUUGAUCAUCUUUAUCCAUUAGCUAAACAUUUUACAUCAAAACAAUCAAAACGUUGUAAAGAAUGUGAUCAUAAUGUACUUAAACCUGAACCAUCACCAAAAUUAAUUAAAUUUAAAUUACAUCAAAUGGCAUUAUUUUUUAUUCCUGAAAUACGUAUUUGGCAUCAUCCAACAUGGUCAAUUAAUGAUAAUAAUCCAUGUAUACUUUCAAUAAUUAAUCAACUUGAUGAAAAAACACUAUUAAAAUUAUAUACGUUAGAUGAAAUUCGUGAAGAAAAUAAUGAUAAUAAUAAAGAAUUAAUUCAACGAAUAAAUCAAUUAGAUGAAAAUAUUUUAACAUGUCAAUUAACAUUUCCUUUGGAAAAAGAACGUUCAGUACAAUUACAUGCACAUGUUGAACCAAAUGAAACUGAUACAAAAAUUAAUGAUGAAUUACGUCAAAAUGAUUCAAAAGAUUUAGUUAUUUAUCGGAAAUUUGCUAAAAUUGCUAUUCGAUGUUUUAUUAAAAUAAAAAAUUCUGAUGUAAAAAAAAUUCGAGCUGCUUUUGUUAUUGAACAUCGUGUUGUUGGAAUUUCAUCAAUAGUUAGUACACCAACAACAACACCACCAAUAACAAAUUCGAAUCCAUUAGCACAAAAUGUUCGACAUAUUAUUCUUAUUGAUUUUGGCCCUAUUGACGAACCUGCACUCCCUUUACAUUCGGCAUUGACAUAA